AUGCAAAGGGGUUUGGAUUCACAAACUAAAAAACAACUAGAAGAGGAAGAAAAGAAGAUCAUUAGUGAAGAACACUGGUAUCUUGAUUUACCAGAUCUAAAGGAGAAAGAGAGCUUUAUAAUAGAAGAGAGGAGCUUUAUGCCAUGUGAAGAUCUACUUUAUGGCAGAAUGUCCUUCAAAGGAUUCAAUCCAGAAAUUGAGAAGUUAAUGAUCCAGAUGAACUCUAGGUGCAAGGAAGAAGAAAAUGAAGUGGAUGAUAAAAUGGAGGCUGAUGUGUCAGAUGAAGAAAUGGCCAGAAGAUAUGAAACAUUAGUGGGAACAAUAGGGAAGAAGUUCUUGAGAAAAAGAGACCAGCGUGUACUCCAGGAUGAAGAUGAAGAUGGGAAUAGUAACACAAGACCUAGCAAAAAAGCUAAGAAAAAGUUCUUAAAGCCUCAGGAUUAAUGUCAACUUCACGACUCUGGAGCUAAUAGAAAUGUUAUCUACCAAAUACAGUACCAUGAACUGGAAAUUAUUUGGAGUUUUUGCUAUUUAAUGUAAAGGAUAGACUUGUAAAUCUGAGUUUGUUCUCAUUGAAAUUUCUACCAUCCACAUGACAAACAUUUUUCAAAGUGGAUGUGUAUAUAAUGGAUGUCAUACAUCCUUUCCUCUCUCAGCAGCUUUUAAUGUGUGGGGC